AUGACCGAACCGAAGGCAAAGAAGAUUAGAUUAUUUCAACAAAUAUGGCAAGAGAAAUAUGGCUGUAUCGAAACUGGUGACCGUGUGGUGUGUUGCCUAUGUGGAGAUACAAUUACCGGUCGAACUUACAAUAUUGAGAGGCAUAUUUUUUCCAAACAUGAAGCUGUAAGUGACAUGCCAAAAGAUGAAAAAUUAGAACACAUCAAGAAACACGUAUUGAAUUUUAAUACUCAAAAAGGGGUUUUACAGAAGUUUGUAACGCAACAUCACUAUUCAACAACUGCUAGCUAUGCAGCAGCCCUUGCGAUUGCACGCAACGGAAAACCAUUUUCAGACGAAAUUCCAUUAUCAGCAAGAACUGUUCAGCGACGUAUAAAACAUAUGGCUGAAGACAUUGAUAUUCAGAUCAAAACCGAUUUAUUAUCGAGCAACGUUAUUAGUAUUUCCUUGGAUGAGAGCAAUGACAUAAAUAAUAUGGCAAGACUUGCAAUUAUUGCUCGAUUUGCAUCAAUUAAUUGUACAAAAGUCCAGGAGGAAUUGUGCGUUCUUACUUCAAUGGAUGGAACAACGAAAGGCUCUGAUAUUCUCAUUAAAGUUGAGGAGUUCACCCAGUUUGGAAAUGAGAAAUUUUUGGAUUUAAAAAAGAAACUGUUUUCCAUAACAACUGACGGUGCUCCGUCUAUGAGGGGGAAAAAUAUUGGAUUUGUGAAAUUGUUAGAAAAUCAACUUGGUCGUCCUCUCUUAUCUUUUCAUUGCAUUAUACACGAGGAGAAUUUAUGUGCAAAGGCGUCAAUGAAAGAACUUAAUAAUGUAAUGAAGACGGUUGUUAAAAUUGUUAACAUAAUUACAGCACGUUCUGCUUUAACACACAGACGCUUCAAAUCUUUUUUACAGGAAAUUGAAGCGGAGUAUGGAAGUUUGCUGUUGCACUCUGAAGUUCGUUGGUUAAGCAGAGGGAAGGUACUUAAUAGAUUUAUAGAUUGCUUUGAUGCAAUACAAAUAUUUCUGGUUGAAAUCGGAGAAAAUUAUCCCGAACUUAAUGAUAAGAAAUGGUUCUUAAAACUUUUGUUCUUAACGGAUAUAAUGAACCAUUAUAAUGAAUUCAACAAACGACUUCAAGGUAACGGUCAUACAAUUUUAAAAUUAUUUGAAGAAUGGAAGAGUUUUUGCUCAAAAAUAGUUUUAUUUGAAACAGAUGUAAAAACUCGUAAGUUUAACUAUUUCUUACAUCUUAAAAGUCAAGAAGAAAAAGGCACUAUUGAUGAUUCCGACGUAAAGACAUUUGAGUCUUAUAUUAAUAGCAUGAAAGACGAAUUUGAAAAUAGAUUUCAAACUUUGAAAACGCACGGCCCAAUGUUUACGUUUAUAACGAAGCCGGAUGUAGUUGAUGAAACUAUUUUAGAAUUACAAUAUUUUGAGUUCCUCGAAAUCACCAAUUUCAGCUUAGAACUGAUUGAUUUGAAAAGUUUCACUUUAUGGACUGAUAAAUUUGAAACUUUACGUCGCGAUUUAGAAAAAACUGAAGACAAUCAUCUUGAUAUAAUAUCCACAUGCUGGGCAUCUCUUCCAACAAAGUUUACAUGCCUAAAAAAAGUUGCAUUUGCUCUUUUAUCUGCAUUUGGAUCAAGUUAUAAUUGUGAACAAACAUUUUCACAAAUGAAGUAUAUAUUAAAUAAAAACAGGAGUAGUUUGACUACGGAGCAUUCUGAUGAAUGUGUCCGACUUAAGGUAUCAACAUAUGAACCAAACUUGUCCAAAUUAACUGCAACAGCACAGCAUCAUGGAAGUCACUGA